AUGAACAGGUAAGUGCGCUAAAGGACAAGGAGUGGCUGAGGCAACCCAGCAAGACGGGCGGGCUAUAAAUAAUAGCAUGAUUAUCGAUUCAGGUAGGUAGCCAUUUUGGUUUGACGCAGUCGAAAUAAAUAAAAAUUGUUCAGUAGCAUCCUAGGGACCAACUAAGUUUGCUCUGGGUGUAAGCUUUCAUAUGCAUGCACACUUCUUCAGAUACACUGAAACAGAAUCAUAGAAUCAUAGAAUCAUAGAAUGAGUCGCCAAACCAUGGGUAGGCAAACUAAGGCCUGGGGGCCGGAUGCGGCCCAAUCACUUUCUCAAUCUGGUCCACAAACGGUGCAGGAAUCAGCGUGUUUUUACAUGAGUAGGAUGUGUCCUUUUAUUUAAAAUGCAUCUCUGGGUUAUUUGUGGGGCCUGCUCGGUGUUUUUACAUGAGUAGGAUGUGUCCUUUUAUUUAAAAUGCAUCUCUGGGUUAUUUGUGGGGCAUAGGAAUUCAUUCAUGGUUUUUUUUCAAAAUAUAGUCCGGCCCCCCUCGAGGUCUGAGGGACAGUGGACUGACCCCCUGCUGAAAAAGUUUGUUGACCCCUACACCAGACCCUAGUGGGAGGGUAGGGUGGGGUUUUUCUCAGAAGGGUACUGAGAGAUGGGUGAUACGCUAAAGCUAUUUUUGGUCAUCUGCAUACCAUCCCUUGCUUUUCCUGUUGGACUAAUUGCAGUCCUUAACAGUCGUCAACAGGUUUACCAUACCCAUUGAGUCAAUCACCCAUUCCCACCACCCUUCUGAGAAAAAACCCACCCUACCCUCUCACUAAAUAUAAGGGUCUGGUGACUUCUGUUUCAGUGUAUCUGAAGAAGUAUGCAUGCACACGAAAGCUUAUACGCAGAACAAACUUAGUUGGUCUCUAAGGUGCUACUGGACAAUUUAUUCUUAUUCUUUUCUUAUUCUUAUUCUUAUUCUUUAUUAUUCAAAGUUGGAGGAUGGUUGUGAGAUGUGGUUGUGAGAUCUGUCCCUGUCUUGCCAUCUUCCUCUUUGUUGCAUAUUUCUCUGUCUUUCCUUUCCCUGGCGCAGGGGUGGUUAGCCUGGGGCUGACUGUCUUGGACCUUGGUCUCCCAAUAAAAUAUUUGAGGGGGCUGCCCCCCCGAAAAGUUGGGCAUUGCCAUUCAAAGUAUGUGUGCGCGCCAUGUCAUGUGAUCGAUUUUCCGCAGCGGAGCUUACCUGUGUUGGACUUUCCAACUCCUGGCCAAUGGGAUGAGAGGAGUUGGAGCCAAACAACUUCUAAAGGACCACGAGCUCUUCAUCCUGGCCCUUGUGGAUAUCAAAGAAGUCUUCAGCAGCAGCUGCUUCACUCUUAAUAUUGACUGUAGAGACAGACCCUGCCUCCAUCAACUGGUGAGGGUGUCAGGAUAGGACCUGGGAGACCAGGGUUGAAAUCCCCACUUGACUAUGGAGCUCACUGGGUGCACUUGGGCCAAUCACUGCCUCUCAACAUAACCUAACUCACAGCUGUUGUGGGAAGGAAAUGAGGACAGAGGAGAACCAUACAUGGCACUUUUUGCUCCUUGGAGAAACAGCUGGGAUAUAAACACAAUGACAUAAAUACAUUUUGGGAUCAUUAGGUCCAGUCGUGGCCAAAUCCGGGAUUGCGGCGCUCAUCUCGCUUUAUUGGCCAAGGGAGCCGGCAUACAGCUUCCGGCUCAUGUGGCCAGCAUGACUAAGCCGCUUCUGGUGAACCAGAGCAGCGCACGGAAACACUAUUUACCUUCCCGCCAGAGCGGUACCUAUUUAUCUACUUGUAGUUUUGGGUUUUCGAACUGCUAGGUUGGCAGGAGCAGGGACCAAGCAACGGGAGCUCACCCCGUCGCGGGGAUUCGAACCACCAACCUUCUGAUUGGCAAGUCCUAGGCUCUGUGGUUUAACGCACAGCGCCACCCACGUCCCACAUUUUGGGGCCUAGUGAAUUGCAAAUUUCUUCACGUGUCAUAUGACGUUUGCAGCAGCUACCAACGAGUCAGAGGAAGAUACGGAGAGCUGCAAUCUGGUCAUGUGUUAGGAGUGUCCAGCAAGUUGACUUCAACAGGCUAUAUAUAGAUUUUAGAAAAUCCACUGAGUCUACAUCGGCUGACUUUAAAAACAGCCUUUUCCUGGGGCAGCAGCGCUAAUAGGUGCCAGUACUCACCAUGAAAUUGUUACAGUAAGUGCCACUCUUUUUAACAACCACAAAAAGAGGUGCCGGUAAUGUGCUCUUGAGUACCCCACUCGGGGGGCAGGGAGCACUGAGUGGCAGUAUCCCACAAGUAAAAAUGUGGGCUUAGAUUCUUUACCUUUGUUCUGCCAGUGAAAAGCAGGACAGGAGAGCUCUUUGCCUCACAGCUUGUUUAUAGGGUUCCCAGAGACAUCUGGUUGGCCGCAGUGGGAAGCAAACACAGAUCCUCUGUGUCCCUGUUUUCCAGGGGCAGUCCCAGAUUGACAGAAGCCACCCCGGUUUCUGAUUUCAUCCCAGAAUGAUCCCCAAAAAGAUUUCCUUAAAGGUAAAGGGUAAAAGGACCCCUGACCAUUAGGUCCAGUUGUGGCUGACUCUGGGGUUGCGGCGCUCAUUUCGCUUUAUCGGCUGAGGGAGCCGGCAUACAGCUUCCGGGUCAUGUGGCCACCAUGACCAAGCCACUUCUGGUGAACCAGAGCAGCACACGGAAACGCUGUUUACCUUCCCACUGGAACGGUACCUAUUUAUCUACUUGCACUUUGACAUGCUUUCCAACUGCUAGGUUGGCAGGAGCAAGGACCCAGCAAUGGAAGCUCACCCCGUCGUGGGGAUUCGAACUGCUGACCUUCUGAUCGGCAAGUCCUAGGCUCUGUGGUUUAACCCACAGCGCCACCCACGUCCCUAUUAUUAUUAUUAUUAUUAUUAGGACGUCCCUAUUAUCAUCGGAGAAAUGUUGGAGGGUAUGGAGUUAUCCGACCCCCAAGCCAAGGAGAUAAUAAACUUUACAACCUUUAGAAGACAUCAGAAGGCAGCCCUGUGUAGGGAAGUUUUUUUAAAUGUUUAUUGUUUUCUUAUGUUCUUAUAUACGGUAUGUUGGAAGCUGCCCAGAGUGGUUGGGGCAACUCUUAUCAGAUGGGUGGGGUAUAAUCAUAAUUAAUUAAUUAUAGUUGAACAGAACAUCCCUAUUUUCAUUGGAGAAAUGUUCAAGGGUAUGCAAACAAGGUGUGGCCCAAUUCUUUUACAUUUGUUGUAUAUUACUAACUGCUUUGAGUGGAGGGGUUAAGCAGGAUAAAAAUACUAUUAUUUCUAUCACAUUUACCCCCUUAUAAUUUUUAGUUUAAUUUUCCAUAAUUAAAUGUUACUCCCAAUGUGAGGAAUUGUGCAAAUGUAUCUAAAACUAUACUUUGCACAGAAUAAAGAACAAUCAAACUUUUAAUGAAAUAAAAUAUUAGAUCAUAACACUGAUUGUUGUUUCCUCUUCUCCAGGAUGGGAAUCAUUACCAGAAUACUGUAUUUCUGUAUUUCUAUUCUUUUCUGUGAUGGAGAAGGUGGAUUUCAGCUUCCAGACAAGGUCUAUGUCUCCAAACCCUCCGAUAAUUACUCUGCAUUUCACUCUGAAUUACAAACUCCAACAAGAAGCCAUAACUUCUCACACAGCUUUUUGAAAAAAAUUGCAGGAAGGAAAGCAGAAGGCCCCAGUAUUCAAGGUUUAGUUCCUCAAAGCAAUCAGAGUUUCAAAGUUUUACUUAACAGCCCACCACAAGAAGUGCCACUCCCUAAGUUCUCACAAAUGAAUGAAAUGGUGACUUCUCCACAAACUGACCCAUCCUUAUGGGGCACCGUGGGAUCUCCUUUUCCAGCAGAGAAGCACAAAGGACCUAGUAGUCUUCUAAAUGUCCAUUCGAUACUAAAAAGGACUGUUCUGGGUUAUGAAAGACAAGAUGAAUCUGGAACAGUAUUUCCACCUCCUGCGCUGAGGAUGUCUGCAGGUUGUGGCAAUCCAGUGGGUGGGAUGUUUGAUCUAUCUGACAGAAACCUGUCUGAGGAAGAUCUGAGGAGGGAAAUGGAUCCUAGGCAUUGCAACACAACGUUGGGAAAGGUUGUAGAACUGGAUGCCAGUCACAACAAUCUGCAAAUGGAUUUAGGGACCCUGCUUUCACUGCUCCUGAAAAUGAAGAAUGUUCAGUCCAUCGACGUGAGUUACAACAGCAUAACUGUAUCAGGUGUGCUUGUACCCAAUAGGUGUGACUUAAAGCACAGCGAGCUGUUGUUCUUAAAUCUCAGCCACAACCCUCUUACCACUUUGAAAAGCAUCUGCCUCCCUUCGAGUCUCAAAGGCCUUGAUUUGUCCUUCACACGCAUUAACCAAAUACCACGUGAGUUUGCCAGAACUUACUUUCAUAUAGAAGAGAUGGAUGUUCAAGGAAACCAUUUUAUAUACAAUCCUGAAACGCUGAUGUCUCUCUUCAAGUCUAUACCAAAAACCAGGAUGGAAAGCUUGUCGAUUGUCAAUUUUCCACAACGCAGCCCCAUCGAAAGCCUCCCCGUGGAAGGAAGGCGUCUCGUAAUGUCAAACUGCUCCAUCGUAGAACUUCCAGAAUGGUUUGCAAACACCAUGAGAAAGCUUCUCUUUCUAGACCUGAGCAACAACCCCUUGCGCGGUUUUCCUCAGCCGCCAACUUCAUUGCAGAACCUAGAUUUAAGCAACAGUAACAUCCAAGAGAUAGCUAAUCUUAACAUCUUCCCUAAUUUGACAGUGCUUAAGAUUCCAAGCAAUAAAAUAAAGGAUCUUCCACCUGCGUAUCUUCCAGACUCCUUAAAAGAACUGGAUAUCAGUAAGAAUCAAAUACCUGUGUUCCAUUUAUGCAGGGCUCCACAAGAGCUGGAAUUCCUUAAUGUUUCUAGAAACCUCAUAACGCAUCUGAAUCUAAACCAUUCUCACCACCUCACCAGCCUUGAUGCAAGCCACAAUUUAAUUACAGAACUGCAGGACCGCACUGGAAUAUUUCUGCCGGAACUCAAAUAUCUGAAUCUGUCAGGAAACAAGAUCUCUUUUUUGCAACCGGGGUCUCUCCCCGAAUCUUUGCUCGAGUUGGACAUAAGCAACAAUGCCAUCACCAUUAUUAUGGAAGAGACCUUUGGCCGGUUGACGAACCUGAACGUCUUAACCCUUCAAGGGAAACAUUUCUUCUGCAGCUGUGACUUGUAUUGGUUUGCGAACACGUACCUUGGGAGCCGGCAGCUGCAGAUAAAUGGCCAAGAGGAGCUUUUGUGCAGCUUUCCUCUCAAGAAACGGGGCCUUUCGGUGGAAAACAGCAACCUAACGAUGCUGCGUUGUUCUCUGGGACUUCAAAUGGCAAUUACGGCUUGUGUGGCCAUCUUGACAAUGUCCCUCUUAACAGGCCUUUGCUGGCGUUUUGACGGCGUCUGGUACAUUAAGAUGGGAUGGUACUGGUGCAUGGUGAAAAGGAAACAAUAUAAGAAGAGGCCAGAAGACAAAGUGUAUGACGCAUUUAUCUCAUACAGCGAAAACGAUGCGCUGUGGGCUAAAGAGACCCUGCUGGAAAAACUGGAAGCCCUCGAGUUUAGAGUAUGUUACCACGAGAGAGACUUCACGCCAGGGCACCCGGUUGUUAGGAACAUUUUCCACUGCAUUGAGAACAGCCACAAAGUUCUCUUUGUGCUGUCGCCCAGCUUUGUCAACAGUUGCUGGUGCCAGUAUGAACUGUUCUUUGCCGAACAUCGGGUCCUUAACGAAAACGAGGACUCUCUCAUUAUGGUUGUGCUGGAAGACCUGCCGCCCAACAGCAUCCCGCAGAAAUUCAGCAAGCUCCGGAAGCUGCUGAAAAGGAAGACCUACUUGAAGUGGAGCCAGGAGGAACACAAACAAAAGCUCUUCUGGAGCCAGCUGACCGCUGUUCUGAAAACGACAAACGAGCCGAUGGCUUUGACAGAGGAAAAUGGGCUGUGCUAG